GACCGCCGCCACUGCCCACCGCCACAGCACCACCACCAGCCGCCUCUCUUCCUCCAUCUUCCUCUCCUUUCCUUCCCCUGUUCCGUUCCUUCUCCCCAGUUGUAUUACCAGGUCGAUUACCGGUUCGGUUCUAAUAACUAUGCUUCAACCCCUCAUUGGCCAGAUCGAGUGGUGACACGAUGACAAGCGUGUGAGGUAAAGCAUCUCCGCCCCACCCAACCAUCCUUACUUCACGUUAACCACAACCUGCCGACCACGAGUCCCAGCUGGAGUGGUACCAGAGGAUUUCAUGAACUCUGAGGACUACCUCAAUGGCGAGGACAAAUUAAACGGCACCAAUAGGCUCCACUUUCUUCCCUUUUUGAGGUGGAAGUGGCUCGAUUCCGUGAUUUCAGCGUGCUUGGAUGGCAAUUCCACUAUUCUCUGUCUCAACCAAUGAGGAAGUGUGAAUGGCGACGAAUAACUUUUCCUGAAGCUUAGAAACAUCUGAUUCCAUGAAUAACUUGGAUGUGAUGGAUACCAAAGUAACAAGUCACAUACUUUCCCGCUAACCUGCCCUUGUGCUUGGUAUGAAGAUUUCGAGUUACAACUGAUGUUCAUAAUGUGUUUGAAGAAUUGCUCAAAUCAAAUUCGGCAUGAAUGUCUUGCUCAACUCUGCUUGCAAACGCCCUUUGGGUCAAAUUAGGAGAGUUUCGAUCUCACUUUAUUCCACAUUGCCCCCAAUAUCAACACCAUUACUUCUCCAGUUGCAAGAGCUGUGCAGUGUUGUUACAAGCACUGUUGGUGGGUUAGAUGAAUUGGAGUUUAGUCUGAAUAAGUAUAGAGAUUCUUUGACUUCAUCUCUUGUAACUCAGGCUAUUGAUUCUUGUAAGUAUGAGGCACAUACUAGGAGAUUGCUCAGGUUCUUCUUAUGGUCUAGUAAGAAUUUGAGUUGUAAGUUAGAAGAUAAAGAUUAUAACUACGCUCUUCGAGUUUUCACAGAAAAGAAAGACUACACAGCUAUGGAUAUCUUGAUUGGAGACCUGAAGAAGGAGGGUCGAGUUAUGGAUGCCGAGACUUUUGGUCUUGUAGCCGAGACUUUGGUCAAAUUGGGGAAAGAAGAUGAGGCAUUGGGUAUUUUUAAGAAUUUGGACAAGUACAAGUGCUCUAUAGAUGAAUUCACAGUUACUGCAAUCAUUAAUGCUCUCUGUUCUAGAGGGCAUCCUAAGAGGGCUGAAGGGGUAGUUUGGCAUCACAAAGACAAGAUUGCAGGCACAAUGCUUUGCAUAUACAGAAGUAUCCUUUAUGGGUGGUCUGUGCAGAGGAAUGUGAAAGAAGCUAGGAGGAUUAUUCAAGAGAUGAAAUCAAAUGGGGUUGCCCCAGAUUUAAUUUGUUACAACACAUUCCUCAGGUGCCUUUGUGAGCGGAAUCUUAGACGUAAUCCUUCAGGGCUUGUGCCUGAAGCCUUAAAUGUGAUGAUGGAGAUGAAGUCUUACAAGGUUUUCCCAACCUUGAUCAGUUACAACAUCUUGCUCUCAUGUUUAGGAAAGACCAGAAGGGUUAAAGAAUCUUGUCAAAUACUAAAAAAAAUGAAACAUUCUGGUUGUGCUCCAGAUUGGCUCAGCUAUUAUCUUGUAGCAAAGGUGUUGUUUCUGACUGGCAGAUUCGGCAAAGGAAAAGAUAUAGUGGAUCAAAUGAUUGGAAAUGGUUUGGUACCAAACCAUAAGUUCUACUACAGUUUGAUUGGUAUUCUCUGUGGGGUUGAAAGGGUGAAUCGCGCUCUUGAACUUUUUGAGAAAAUGAAGAGAAGUUCACUGGGUGGUUACGGACCAGUGUAUGAUGUGCUCAUUCCAAAGCUUUGUAGAGGAGGGAAUUUUGAGAAGGGAAGAGAGCUAUGGGAUGAAGCCACAGGCAUGGGGAUCUCUCUUCAGUGCUCAAGGGAUGUUUUGGAUCCUUCAAUAACACAAGUUUUCAAACCUAAAAGGCCAGAAAAAAUCAGCCUUGAGGACAGCACAAUAACUAAGCCUCCAAAUAAAGUAAAAAAACUUUCAAGUAAAAUGAAGGUAAUGAGAACAAAAUCUGCUUCAAUGAAGAAGAAAAAGAGAAGAAAUAAAUAAAUAAAUCUACAGCACCUUAAAUGGCUUGAUUAUCUAUGUAGUUGUUCUCUGUUCCCUCUCUCAAUAGUAUAAAGGCUUGCUUAUCUUGGAUUAGCAUUCUAUUCCUGCAUGUUGUUCUAGUUAAUUGACAUAGUUUACUUUGUAUUAUCUUCAAAUUUUUCUUCAAAUCACCAUAGAAUAUGUGCUUGGAUC